UUUUCUGAUAUUCAGAUUUUUAAUUCUUUUUCUCUUUCACAGCAUUUAAUGGAAUGAGUUGUUAGUUUCUGAUAGAAAGGUUCUGAUAAUGAAAGAGCCAAUAUGUCUACUUAUUGUAGAAAAUAUAAAAAUAAAAAUGCAUGUACUUAAAUGUACUUAGAGGUUACAUUAGCACAUUUCAUAUAUCAUCUGACUGUAGCAAAUUGGAUAUUUUUUCAUUGAUAUAAUAAGGCGACUUAUUUCUUGAACUUGUUUCUGCAAAAUACACUUGAAAACAAACAGAGUUACAAAACUUUUAAUUACUAUGCAGGACUGAGUUUUGGAUAAUCAGAAAUUUACUUAAAACUGUAUGUUAAGUUGUUAUGAUUAUUUCUCUACCACAUUUAACAGCAUAAUAUUUAUCUUUUAUAUUAAUAAAUUUUCUUCUCAAGAGAAUCAGUAAUACUUAAGGAUUUGAGGUUACCUGAGUGCACCAUUGAAAGACUGUUAAAAGCCAGUGAUAUUUAUUCAAUCUAAUUAUUUACUUUUUGAUUGUUUGUUUGUGUUUAAGGGUUAAAACGAGGUGAGCCAACCAUGACUGGCAAAACACAGACCAGCAACGUCACCAAUAAGAAUGACCCAAAGUCCAUCAACUCUCGUGUUUUCAUCGGCAACCUAAAUACAGCCAUUGUCAAGAAAGUUGACAUUGAAGCCAUUUUCUCAAAGUAUGGAAAAAUAGUUGGAUGCUCAGUGCACAAAGGUUAUGCAUUUGUACAGUACAUGAGUGAGCGACAUGCGAGAGCUGCAGUUGCCGGAGAAAAUGCCAGGAUCAUAGCAGGUCAACCACUUGAUAUCAACAUGGCAGGGGAACCCAAACCAUACAGACCAAAACCUGGAAACAAGAGGCCCCUUUCAGCACUUUACAGACUUGAAUCAAAGGAGCCCUUCCUGUCUGUUGGUGGUUAUGUCUUUGACUAUGAUUACUACAGAGAUGAUUUCUACAAUCGGUUAUUUGAUUACCAUGGACGUGUGCCUCCACCUCCCCGUGCUGUAAUUCCACUGAAGCGCCCCAGAGUGGCUGUCACAACGACUCGCAGAGGGAAAGGAGUCUUUUCCAUGAAAGGGGGAUCAAGAUCUACCGUCAGUGGGUCCUCUUCCUCAGGCUCUAAAUUGAAAUCAGAUGAGUUACAGACAAUCAAGAAAGAAUUAACCCAGAUCAAAACUAAAAUUGACUCCUUGCUAGGGCGCCUGGAGAAGAUUGAGAAGCAGCAGAAGGCGGAGGCAGAAGCUCAGAAGAAGCAAUUGGAAGAGAGUAUAGAGCUGAUCCAGGACGAAUGUGUAUCAGAGAAUGCAGAUCACUCUACAGAGGAGCCUGCUGAAGGAGGGCCAGAUGCGGAUGGAGAAGAGAUGACUGAUGGGAUAGAGGAGGACUUCGAUGAAGAUGGGGGUCAUGAGCUGGUAGGAACUAAACAUUUGGUGUCCAUACCCUUUGGAUAACAGCAUUAACAUGUCAGCAACUCAUCUAUUCUAAAAUAAGGAUUAAAUCAUUUGGGGCUUAUUUCUCAUAUACAUAUAUUUAAGACAACACCAACACAGUGCCUUGCACAGAAUAAGUGCUCAAUUUUUUUAUGCUAAAUGAAAAUAUGGGGGAGUGAACAAAAGAAUAGUAGAAAUAUUACAUAUGGGCUAAACCUAAAAAACCAAACCCGUUGCCAUGAAGUCAGUUCAGACCCAUAACGACCCUAUAGGACAGAGUAGAACUGCCGCAUAGGGUUUCCAAGGAGCGCCUGGUGGAUUUGAACUGCCGGCCUUUUGGUUAGCAGCCAUAGUUCUUAACCACUAUGCCAUCAGGGUUUCCACAUAUGGAAUAGGUGUCACUAAAGUCCUAAAAGAAAGAUUCUCAUUCACAAAUGCUUCAUCAUGAAAGGAACCCUGUGUUUGUGCAAUUACAAGUAAACUGUAACAUGUGUAUAGUAUCUUGGCAACAUGAACAUUUACUAGAAGAUACAAAGAUUCCUCACUUAUUUGAUAGUUCUAUUCGCUACUCACUGUACAGCCAGCAGUUUUUUCUACAGCCAGCCCCUGUGAGGACUCUUUGGUGUGCGACCAGGCCACCAUUUUCAGUGCCUGUGAUGUUUGAUGUUCAGUUUAGUCCGUUUGGAAAUUUAGCAGAGAUUUGAUUUUUUAAAUGCUUUCUUUUCCCAAUGUUGUA